AUGUCGCGAGGGUCCAGGAUGCAGUCCUGCAGCCAUCUUCUCUUUGCUCUGGUGUCCAUCGGCCUGCUGCUUGGCGCCGCCCACGGAUUCAGACUCCAGCAGCGUCCUGCUCAGCGUUUAGACCGGCCCGUGUCCGGGUCUCCCAAGGCUCCCUGGCUCCACCCAGGACUGCUGAAACCGGGACACGAGCCGACGGCCAAGCUCGUCCAAUGGGACGAGACGAUCAGGAUGGCCAACGAUGUCAUGGAGCCCAAGAGGAGGAGGGGUUUCCCCGGCAACAACGCGCCGCUGGACCGGCUGGGAAUCAGCUCCAUGGAGACCAGACGGGUUUCAGCCAGGCAGAGCAAGGCGGAGGUGUUGCCACGGCAACGAUUCAAACCACCCCGGAUCGACAGGAUUGGAAAGAGCGGGCUACCGAAAGGCAGAUAGGCCACGCCUCUCCGUUGUGAAGCCACGCCCCCUUCGACAGGACCCUCUCAA